GCUGAUUGUAUUUCAUUGAGAGGACUUUGCAUCAGCACAUCAAGGAGAGACAUCAGAGUGAAGCGAAGGGACAAGAAAUCACCAGAUAGCAAAGAUGCAGUGGAGUCUGUUUCUGCUCAUUCUGAUGGGUCAGUGUUCCUUCUUCACAUGUCGCCUCUAUGAGUACCACUUUAUUGAAGAUGAAAAGACCUGGGAAGAAGCCCAGGCAUAUUGCAGAGAGGAAUACACUGACCUGGCCACAGUGUACGACAUGACAGACAUGGAGAGACUCCGUGACUCUACUGAUGAAAAACACAAUGCCUGGAUUGGGCUGUACAACAUCCCAGGACAAGAGAACAAGGAGUGGCACUGGUCUCUGCCAGGAGUAGAGUAUUCGGAGACAGAGACAGCGUGGGAUAAAAAAGAGCCGAAUGAUGUUGGCAAAAAUGAAAACUGUGCGUUGAAGAAGGAGAACAGUGAUAAAUGGAAUGAUGUUCCUUGUACUAAUAAAUAUAUGUUUAUCUGCUACAACGAAAUAAAGCAAUCCGGAAAGAAAUUCCAUUUGAUUAACAAUAAACUGAGCUGGCCCAAAGCUCAGAACUACUGCAGAGAACAUCACACUGACCUGGUCAGUGGACUCAAUCAGUUAAAUGACACCGAUCUCAAGAAUGAAACUCAGUCUCAUAAUGUGUGGAUCGGCCUGUUCAGAGACACCUGGAGGUGGUCAGAUGGGAGUCAUUUCUCUUUCAGAAACUGGGAUCUGGAGUUAUUUCAAGAUGACGACAAGAAGAAAUUUGCCAUUACUAUGUUAAAUGGAACUGGAAAAUGGGGCUCGGAUGAUUGUAAUAACAAAAAACCCUUCUUCUGCUAUGAAGAUGAAGUGAUCCUGAUCCAAGAGAGUAAGACCUGGGAGGAGGCCUUGAAUUACUGUACAGAGAACUAUCGUGACCUGGUGUCCAUCACUAACCCUCAUCAGCAGAUAUGGGUCCAAGAGAAAACCAAGAACGCCUCAACUCCUUUUGUCUGGCUGGGACUGCGCUACACCUGCUCUCUGGAUUUGUGGUUCUGGGUCAGUGACGAGCUGGUCUGCUAUGACAACUGGAACUCAUCUGCAACCACUGAUAACUGUUACAGCGCUGCAGCCAUGGACAAAGGAGGACAGCAUAAAUGGUUAAAAAAAAUUAUACUGAAACGUUUAAUUUCAUCUGUGCUUUAUAGUAAGUUUUAAAACCACCCUAACUACCUUAUAUUUCUUAUAUUUCCUUUUUCUGUGACAUGUUUAUACAACACUUACAGUGUACACUGUGUAGGCUACUGUCUGUACAUUAUUGAAUGGUAACAUGGCAAAUGUCAGGAAUCUCAACCUGUAGAAGGGGGAAACAAAAUUACUAACAGACUUUCUAACUGCAGAUUAGACAUUGAGAGAAAGUGGCUACACUAAACUUCAACUAAAGAGUGGAUAUUUUAUUAAUAUUUAGAUUUUUUUGGUAUCCUAUUGUAGAUUUAUAAGAGUGUAAGAAUAAGAAAAAUCUAUACUAUUUUGUGAUGAUUAAAACCAUAUUUUUUUGCCAUGAUAAUAUUUUAGAGUUUUAUGUAAAUGGUAUAAUUGAUUUUCUCUGAUGCUCAAUAAACUGAUAAAGGAU